GGUGAUAACAGCCAAGCACAUAGGCGAGGCAUUUUGAGAGGAAAAAAAACCUUAUUUUUGUACAGCCACGUUUCUACCGGUUACUGUGACAGCCUUACAGACAGGGACAUUUUUUAUUUUUUUCAUUACAGGUUUAUACCAGCCCUCAUCUGUGGAGGUAAAAUGGAGAGGGACUCUGCAGAGAAGAGCGAGCCGGCUCCACCGAGGAGGAAAAACAUGAAUGGAGAAGACACCUGCGCAGCUAUUUCCACUGAUGUCGCCAGGGCCAGGUGGACUCUACUGAGACAGGUGUUGCGUCAGAAGCAGGCGGACACUCCAGAGGUCAAACAGGUGUCUGUUCGCAGGUUCGCAACGUUUGAUCUUUUCAGUAGGAAAAGGCUUCUGACACACGACUCUAGUGAUACCUCAGAUGACCAGUGGGUGGAAUACAGAAGUGUCUACUUUCCGGAGUACAGUGCCUUGCUCAGGGAUAACCUUGGGCCUAUCAGAGUUAAUGAAGUGCUCAACAGUUUCGACAACACCGGUAAUGUCUGUGUGUGGCCGUCUGAAGAGGUGAUGGCUCACUACUGUCUGCAGAAACGUCACAUGUUCAAGGGUUCAGUGUGUGAGUUAGGAGGAGGUAUGACUUGUCUUGCUGGGCUCAUGGUUGCCAUUUGUGCUGACGUGAGGGAAGUUCUGCUAUCAGAUGGGAACGAGAAGUCCAUUCAGAAUGUUCGAGGGCUGGCCGAAAGAAACAGGCAAGCCGGAAAGUUUGGGUCAACACAAGUAUCUUCCAGGGUGGUGAGGUGGGACUCCGACUCAGACAUUUCGGCACUAGAGGGUCACUUUGACAUUGUCAUGUGUGCAGACUGUUUGUUUCUCGACCAGUACAGAGCCAGCCUGGUUGAUGCUAUAAGGAGAUUACUGCAACCCAACGGCAUGGCGUUGGUGUUUGCUCCACUGCGAGGUGAAACUCUGAGACUGUUCUGUCAACUGGCCCAGCAGGCCGGACUCUGCGCCUCUCAACACCAGCAGUAUGAUGCUCAGGUCUGGGAUGUUCACUUAAAGAUGGUGACGGAGGGAAAAGACGCGUACGAUGAGAACAUCCACUAUCCUCUCCUCAUCACCUUGACCAAAGGACCUCAACCUGUCAGCCACACUCAGUAAACCCGAACAAGUCAGCCCUCAGCUCUACACUCUACAACUCUACAUACUUUUAAAUAUUUGAGCUGGAACGAUGCUACAGAGUCAUGUCACCAAUGUGAACCACAAGUGAUCUAAUUGAGGAGGAAGAAAUUCACUGAAAGAGCAGUAUCAGAAUACAGUAGGUUUAUAUCACAUAUCAAGUGUUAAGUCACUGUGAGCAAACAAACUGUGGUCACAUUAGAGGCAUUUUUCAUAUAGAUACAGUGACCACUGGGAGGAUUUAUUAUCAGAUGAUGCAUGGCUUUGAAAAAUAAUUGAGCGUGCAUGUUUUGCAGUUUGAAGUGUUGAAGAACAAGCUCAUUUUCCAAAGCAGUGGGGAUACGUUAACUGGCUGAGGAAGAAUAAAAAAGAGAGGCGGAUAUAUUCCAACCUAGUUAGUUUUAACCAUCUGCCAUAUGCCAAAUAACUACUGUCCGUCUCCACAAUAGUCACUCGCUCAGUCAGCCCUUAAAUCAGUUUGCCUCAUCCCUGCAGUUAAAUCAGCCAUCCGGGAAAGUACCAAUCCAUGAACCAUAUUGCCAAACAGUCAUCUGGCCGGCCAGUCAAGUAACCAUUCUAUUCAAUUACCUAUUAUGGUAAUUAAUUAGCCAGUAAUCCAGUCAUCAUUCCAGCCAACAAGCCAGUCAAUUGUUCAGUCAGUUACAUGGACAUUUCCUCGCUCAGUCCUACUGUAAGUGUCAGUUUGCCCUCUUUAACCUGUCAGUAUUUAACCUACGCCACUGUGUUUCUGGCCCCAGCAUGGAGGCCGGCUCUAAUUCAUUAACCAUCACAGACUGUGGAGCCGCUCACAGUCUCCUUUGUGUUUCCCUUUAUUUCUUCUAACACAACUCAUUCCUCCCAGUCAGAGGUCAGUAUUAAGAACUUCUUUUGUGCAUUUCUUAAAAUAGUACAUUAACAUAUUAAGGCACGUUUAGACUAAGGAGCAAUUGUUGCCGCCCCGGAGCUACAGUUAGCAUAGUAAGCAGCAACAUCGCCCUGGAAACAAGUAGUCCACACUAUACACUAUAUUUAUAUAUACAUAUAUAAAUUGAUUUUACAGAGCUCUGUUGGUAUUAUAAUCCAUUUGAAUUGCACAUCAGACACUCAGUUCCACCAACAUCAACUCAAACCUCUGCUUAUGCAGUGAGUAAAAUUGUUUUAAACUGCCACUGAUGAAAGUCUAAAACAAUUUUGUGCAUACAUAUCAAGCCCCAUCGUGUCUGCUGUAAUGACUCUGAUAUCAAACAUAUUCUGACACAGACUUAAGUCCGACCAACUGAAUCAUCAUGAAACAUCAUUUUGUUCACAUUUAGCUCUUCAAACAAUCAAAUCCUAUGGCAGCUGCUAAACGCUCUUAUUUUGAAACCACCUUCAGGAAGUGUGAGUGUGUGUGAAGACAGAAGGAGAGAGAGAAUACAUGCACAUAAAUUGUAAUGACUCCUACUAACGCAUUUAUGGCUACUGACCCGGAUACUGUGGAAUAGAUUUAAAGAUGUAUGAUAUGCUGUACAGAGCAGGAUUUCUUUGCAUCUUUUGCUCUUCUUCUUGUUUUUGUUUAAUACAGACAUAUCAAUGGUCUCUUAGCCCCAAUGUCCACUUGGUGCAGACAAUCUGCUGCCAGUCUAGCUGGUGUGCCAAUGUCCACUGGAUCCCUGACCACAUUAUCAAGGUUCAUGCUUCACUGGUCUAUGAAGUGCUACAUUCACCUUUGAAUGUAUGCAAAGCCUAUAUUCAUAUUUAAUGGUGCAUUCAUUGGUUGUUGAAAAAAACAGUAUUGUCUUAUUUGUUUAUGUCAACUCUCAGAUGUAAGCUUUGAAGCAGGAGAAGAAAAGCUACGGUUUUCUUUCUGCUAAUAUAGACUAUUCAGAAAGUACAGAUACAAACAUUACUAAAACCAAACAAAGUAUUUGUUCAUAAAGGAGCUGUGGAUUUGUUUUCAAUAUGCAUGAAAAAAACAAAAGAAACACAGGAACAUGACCCAUCCAGUGGACAUGCGCGGUUAGAAUAUGAUUUCAUAUUGAAAGACUAUGUGCGACCAUAGUUCUUUAAAAAGUUGCACAUGCUCCUCAUAUCCUCAAGAGCAAAAAACUACCACACAUUUCAGACCAAUUGCUUCUCCAUUUUCUGUUUGCAUCUUUUCUAUCUGCACAAUUAAUCGUUCUUCUCAGGUCUUUUUCCAUACAUCCAGCUGUUUUCUGUUUCUUGUGGUAUUAAAGAAACGCCAAGUGUCAGUGGGCCACUCCAGCCUAAAGUUGUACCUAUCACUAGUAAAGUGUUUCCAUAUUUCACUGUGAUCCAUUGCUGUAAACAACAGCCAAGAAGCUAUGCAGUAUCUCCCAGCGGCUGUUGUUUGCCUCCCUCUUGCCGAAAGAAUAAUCCACCUUCACAAAUGAGAGGUAUUCCCUGUGUGUAACUACACAGAGAAGUAAAUUAAGCCAGUUUUAUCAGUGGUCACUGCUUUGAGGACUUAAAUUGCAUUGCAAAAACGUCCCCAUCGCAAAGGUUUAGAAGUGUGUUUAAUUACAUUUUUUAUCUAUAAGCAGUUUGCUUUAUACUUUUGAUAUCUGUGGGCUAACACAUCAAUACCAUCCCAACUGUGAAUGUGUUCAGUGACCUCAUCUAGGUCUAGUGCGACGUCACCACCGCUAACAGUGAUGUCAUUUUUGCAACAUUGCAGCAUUGAGCACCACUGUUAACCACUGUUUUACGCGUUGCGUUGCUGCUUCUUGCAGCAUCACUGUCUCUAUUCGUGGCAAAGUCUUCACCUGGUGCAACGACCAUCUGCUGUGAUGUCACGUUUUUUUAGACAGUGAUGUUGUCACUUUUUGUCCUGCUAUAAGUGCUGUGUGCUUGGACACUUUGGAUUAUCAAACAGACUUCUUAGAAUUGUUGUUUAUUUAACGGCCAUGUCAAUAUCAAUUGUUUGGUUUAUAAAAUGUAGGGGUUUGACACAAGCGACACAAAACUGUUUUUACUUCCAUUAAAUAUUAUAAUUUAUCACCUUUAGUCGGGACAUGGCCUCAUAGAGUGAGUUUUUAUGUUCAGUAUAUCAAAUUCUGCUUCACUGUAAUUAAUGGGUAAUGAAUGUUAUACUUUGCAGUCUGAGUU